AGCCAUCCUGCAAAGAACAACAAGGAAGAUUGUAACAUCCCUAAAGACUACAAUGGCCGACGUUGAGAAGCAAACUUGUGCGUGUGGUGGUGAGGUUACGCAGUGUUCCUGCGCUCCUGGAAAGUGCAACUGCGCUUCCUGUUCCAAGCCUGGUCCUCAUGACCAGGCUCAGACCUGUGGAUGUGGUGGUGAUGUGAAGCAGUGCUCUUGCGAGCCUGGAAAGUGCAGUUGUUCGUCUUGCUCCAAGCCUGGUCCCCACGACGAGGCCCAGACUUGUGGAUGCAGCGGUGAUGUGAAGGAGUGCACGUGCGAACCCGGAAAGUGCUCCUGCGCAUCCUGCGCCAAGCUCGGCCCUCACAACGCCCAAACUGCUCCCCGCAAGCUUACCGAAGCUCAGACCUGCGGUUGUGGAGGUGCCGUGACUGCCUGCACCUGCGAGCCUGGCAAGUGCUCUUGUGCGUCCUGCGCGAAGGAGGGACCCAAGUCUAGCGGCGUUGCUACGUGCUCUUGCGGAAAGUGCCCUGCUGGUCAGUGCUCUUGCUCUCGUGCUGCCACCGAGAACGCGCCUGUGAGCGGAUCUGCAUGUGCUUGUGGUCUUCGUGCCUCUGGCGCGUGCACCUGUGGUGGGGAGUCCGGAAAGGCCUGUUGCGGUGGAAAGGGACAGUCAGCGAGCUGCAGUGGUCCUAGGUGUAGCUGUGGUGAGAAGCCCGCUCAGGCUUGUGCGUGCUCCAAGGCUACUUCCGAGAACACUGCUUUGUCGCCUGAGGAGUCUUGUGCAUGCGGUGCCAGGGCCAAGGGUCAGUGCAACUGCAAGAUGGCUGCAGAGGGUGUUGUCGGCUCAUCCGGCAAGUGUGUUGGGUGUGGUAUGGAGGGUGGUGCUCACUCUUCCGAGUGCGCAUGCGCUGCUUAAGAGUGGUGGAUGCGGCCGAGUACCGUGGUGGUUAUAUUGUUCUUCACUUAUUCAUUCACUCGUUGAUUAAUCCAUUAAUACAAUCGUAUCGUUAUUCGUUAGAAUGAGGAAAACCGCAGGUUAUUCAUCGUAUAAGCCCCAGGCUAGCAUUCACCUUGACGUGAAU